AUGACCAUAAACUAUAACUACGAUAGGCUUCCCGCCCUACACGAAUCUCAAGGCAUUGCCGAUUACCUUGAUACAGCUUGGAGGACCGACAGCUCGCCUGAAUUCGACGCGACCGAUUCCGCUUCAUGGCUGAAACUGCCCAGCGCGGCUCAACACAAGUACAUGACCUUGGACCAUCGAGACACUGCGGAUGGAUCAAGCCUGAACAGCUUUCGCACGGAGAAGUCGUCCUCGUCAACCAGCAGUGGCAUCCAUAAAUUCAAGGAUGGAUGGGAGAAGAACAUUGUCGCCCGAGUGCGGAGAAAGCCUCUCCCUCGGUAUAUGCAAGGUUCGAUACGCAAGCAUCCAGCCGCCGAGAUCGAACCCACCAGGGUCAAAAGAGGCGUUUGGAAGGACCAACUGCUUGUCGAUCGCUCUUUGAGGGGGAUGAGUCUCCUCAUGAGCGCGUUCGCCAUCGCCAUGCUUGUGGUCGUUGCUACUCACGCAGAAGCUUUCGGCGCGAGAGCGAAUAAGUUCACCUCGUCUGUUGGAGGUGCCUCGCAGGACUGCCACAUCGCCACGAAAACGAAUACCGCACUGCUCCUCGUGAUCAACGUGGCCGCCACUAUGGUGCUGGGAAUGUCUAAUACGUAUCAACAAAUCUUAACGUCCUUACAAACAAGCGAUUUGAAACACAUGCUUAAGAAGUUCGGGGACUCAAGGGUGGGUACUAAUUCACCAUGGAACAUCAACCGCAAAGAAAAAGGAAAAGCAAAAUCCUGGGCCGCGUGGUUGUUGCUAGUCUGCACAUCGUUACCGAUCCACUUUCUCGCGAACUCACUAAUUGGACCAUCCUACGUCAUUGAGCCUCCACCUGCGGUCACAUUCAACGAGACGACUUACACGGGGAUACUACAAAUGAAUCGCGCAUCCAACACGAUUGAUGGGAGCCCCAUCUCUACGUCAUCCUCGUUCCUUUGCUGGAGCUCCUUUAGAACAGGUCGCGCUUCGUUUCCACGCUCAACUAUGCUCAUGAACGGGGACCUCAGCACCGCCAACCAAGGCGGACUAGUUUACUCGAAAUUGUCCAUUUCAUACGCGAAAGAGAACUGUUCGGGUCUCGCAGGCACGUGGGAGGACGUUAGUAGUCUCGAGGAAACCUAUAAGACUACCGGUUACAACUACGUGCAGUAUGCGGAAGGGGAGUGCGUAAACAGCGAGAGCGUAAUCUGCACCAUGCGGGACCAGAAACCUGCACAGUGUCGCCUGAACGUGCGAAUGAAUGCCGCUUUCGUCCUCGCCGCAGCCCUCUCUAUCAAGGCAAUCUACAUGAUCAUUGUCAACUUCGUAGCGCGAGGACAUACCAAGCGGCAACUCCUGACGUUUGGAGACGUCAUCGUUGCAUCGGCUUCCCAUAGUGAGCUUCGCGUGCAAGGCGAGUGCAUGGUCAAUGCGAAAGAGAGUUAUCGAAGGCAUUGCAAGCAUAGUUGUCAUAAACAUUGCAAGAGCCCCCAAGAAUCACGAACGGGCGAGGAAGUCGGUCACUGCCAGAAAUGUAAGAAGUGGAACUCUGUCGACCGCUUUACGAACGAGAUACAUCCGACCAUCGCUACGAAAGUCAAAAGAAGUCUCAUUUCAAAUCUCGGAAAUACGGCACUCACGCAGAUGACUAUCAUGACAUUCUGCAGUAUAGCAAUGGUUGCCGCUUCGAUCGCAGCCGCCGUACCAGUGGGCUUGUCUAACACUGCGGCAAAGGAGCAGUGCAAGAGCGGAGUUAACAAUGAUCCAUUCUGCCAGAUGGUCCUGGCGAACGCUUUUCUUACAUGUCUGGUGGCUGGGGAGGGUUCAACCACUCUUUACCCAUCGCUGCCUUACCUCCUGACGAUCAAGGUAACGAGGUCUUCUCCUUCCUGA